AAAUUAGAAGUCCAGAUGAUUUUGAAGCAGAUGAUUUCCGAAGAUUAAUUCCACGUUUUUCUAAAGAAAAUUUUCCAAAAAAUCUUAAAUUGGUUGAUGAAUUGGUGGCAAUAGCGAAGAAAAAAGGUUGUACACCAGCUCAAUUAACAUUAGCAUGGAUUCUUGCUCAAGGGAAUGACUUCAUUGUAAUACCAGGUACAAGCAAAAUUAAAAACUUAGAAGAAAAUGUUGAAGCUGUUCAGAUCAAGUUAAGCAAAGAAGAAAUACAAGAAAUUCGAGAAGCUUGUGAAAAGGCCGAUGUAGUAGGUGAACGUUAUCCUGAAUUUGCAUCCGCUCAUCUAUUUAAUGACUCAGCUCCAAAGAAGAACUAA